AUGUCACACCACAGAUGUCCAUGGAGAGGAUGUUUUCGAAUGUUCAAGCAUGCAGGCGAUCUGACAAAGCAUGUCAAUUCUUGUCACCAUAUUCUCAGAUCCACCAUGCCUGCCGAGUCAGACUCAGACAUAUCAGUAUCCUCAGAGCAGGAGGUCUUGGAACCUCAUGGAGCUCCAGUGGAUGCUGAUGCUCCGGCACCUCGUCUGCAAGCCAUGGAAAAUGUCUGGGUGCCAUUCAAUGGAGAGGUUCAGUUUCAUCUGGCUGACUUUCUCUUCCGCAAGGUUGAGAUGUCACAAGGUGAUAUCAACAACCUUAUGGACCUGUGGGCACUGGAUAUAGCACAGAAAUGUGGUGGCAAUGCACCAUUCGACAACUAUGAGACUCUUUACAAGGCCAUUGAUGAGAUUCGUGUCAGCAGUGCACCCUGGAAGUGCUUUGAGAUGGUGAAGCAGUCGUACCAAGUUUGGUUUCGGGAUCCUGACAUUGUCAUCCAGAAUAUCCUAGCAAAUCGUGACUUUGCCAAGGAAUUUGAUGCGGUACCAUAUAUCCAUCCUGAUUCCGAUGGCCAACGAUGCUGGAGUGAUUUUAUGUUCGGAAACUUUGCUUGGCGGCAUGCUAUUUACGACACAAAUCCUGACACAAAAGGUGCUAUGUAUGUCAGUAUCAUUCUUGGAAGCGACAAGAUGAUGGUUUCCAUUGAUACACCGUCUACGUGGCAUUGCAAUGGAGUGGUACCAAUUGGUUUCCUAGCCAUUCCCAAAUCGGAUCGCAAAUAUGAUCGUGAUAUUGCCUUUCGAGUAUUCAAGAAGAAGCUAUACCAUCAAUCACUGACUGCCAUCUUGCACUCGCUAGUGCCAGCAAUGACCAACCCUGUCGUGCGUCAAUGCCCUGAUGGGUACUACCAACGGGUGAUAUAUGAUCUAGGGCCCUAUAUUGCAGAUUAUCGUGAGCAGGUCCUUCUCGCAGGCAUCGUUCAGGGCUGGUGUGCCAAGUGUGUAUCAUUUCAAGCCAAUCUCGACGCACCUGGAGAUCAGAGUCCUGAUGUUCUAUGGGAUAAUUAUGGCAUUGACGAGGACAUUUUGCCUUUUACGUUCAAUUUUCCCCGUGCAGAUAUACAUGAAAUGCUCUCAUCUGACCUGUUACACCAAAUAAUCAAAGGAUCAUUCAAAGAUCAUUUGGUUGAAUGGGUUUACGAGUAUCUAGUCCUCAAAGAAGGUGAAGUCAUUGCAGCGAUGCCACCAUUUCCUGGGUUACGCAGAUUUCCGCAUGGACGCUGCCAGGUUUAUCUGUCAGCUGUUGCGGAGUAUCUCCCUGAAUCUAUCAUGAAAGCUCUCUCAGCUUUCAUGGACUUCUGCUAUCUUGUACGGCGGUCAGACUUCAGUGAAUCGAGUCUCCAUAAAGUUCAAGACACAAUCCAACGAUACCAUCAUUACCAUGAGGCAUUCAAAGUCUCAGGUGUUCAGGAAGAUUUUUCAUUACCAUGCCAACAUGCUAUUAUUCAUUAUCCCAGUCAUAUCAUGGAGUUUGGUGCACCCAAUGGACUAUGCUCAUCUAUUACAGAGUCACGGCAUAUCACCGCAGUCAAAAAACCAUGGCAACAGUCUAAUCGGUAUGAUGCCUUAAGCCAGAUGCUGCUUACAAACCAGCGCCUGGACAAAUUGAGUGCUCUUCACACAGAUUUGGUUCAGCGUGGCCUGGUUGAACCUGUGCAUUCUCCAGUGGCUGAUCCAUUUGAAGCCGGAACGGAAGACGAAGGUGCAGUGGAUGGAGAAAGAUUCCUAGGCAAGGUGACACUAGCUAGAAUGUCAGCUCAUGAAAGCUCACGCCGUAUUGCAGAGCGUUUAUAUCCCAAAGACCUACAGCGUCUGGGGCAAUACAUCGUCUAUCCACAUCUUCCAGAGCUUAUGCAACACUUUCUCCGCGAGCAGCUCUCUCAAGAGUCGACAGAUAAUGCGCAUGUGCUGGACUCGGAGCUUCCUAUCAUCGACUCAUCCAUACGUGUUUUCCAUUCUGCCAUAGCAACCUUCUACUCGCCCAGUGAUAUCUCAGGCAUGAGAGGUAUGCGCUGUGAACGAAUACGUGCGACCCUGUCUUGGCAUGGGUACACUCAAUAUGAUUGUGCCCUUGCUGUGAUGGACCAGGAUAAAGCAGGCUUCCGUGGAAUGAACGCAGUGCGGGUCCUGCUUUUCUUUUCAUUUAAACACGAUGGCAGAGAGUUUCCGUGUGCUCUCGUGCAUUGGUUCAAGACUUACGGACGUGGACCAGACCCAAAGACAGGAAUGUGGAUAGUACGGCCCGAUUUUCGUGGUUCUGUGAGGCGUAGUCCUGUCCUGAGUGUGAUUCAUUUAGAUACUCUGCUCCGUGGCGCUCAUCUUCUACCUUUUCAUUACUCACGUUCUUUGGAUUGUUUUGAAGCAUUUUAUGUCAAUCGUUACGCUGACCAUCAUAUGCAUGAGAUUAUUAUUUGA